AUGCAUGAUGGAUUUUUUUCUAAAGAAGGGAAAGCAAAUGAUGAUACUUAUUGUAAUGUAUUCGAUGAAGGAAAUAAAAAAAAUGAAGCAGCAAAAACACUUUGCAGUACUUUCGUUUAUUUUUUAGAAAAAAUAAGUAAAGAGAAUAGACCUGAACGUGAAAAAUAUUGUAGUUAUUUGCUUUACUGGGAAAAAACUAUUAGACAUAAAUUAAAAAUAACUUGUGAUUUACCAAGUAUAAAAGAUGUUAGCGUAAACGAUCUAAAUUAUAGAAAACUUGUGUAUAUUUAUUUAAAAAAGCAUGAAGUCAUUGAAAAAGAGAUAAAAUCCAUAGAAAAUAGUAAAUGUGAUACGUAUAUGAAAUAUCUUAAUAAUAUUAAUUUAUUGUAUAAAAACCAUAAGACACAGUGUAGGUCAACAUUUUUAUGGGGAGUUUAUGGUCCCAGUUACGCUGAUUGUUCUUCAUCGUCUUCUUCUAAAUAUGACCCAAGUAAACUCAUAAUUGCAUUAAACGGAUGUAAAGAUAAAGCAUCUAGAGGCAGCGGAGGAUCAGGUUUAGGUUCAUGGUURUUUGGAUGGGGUUCAUCAAGUGAAUCCUCAUCAAGAGGUAAGGAUAGCCCUGGUCCAGGGAACGCAAAAACUAUCGAUGGAGCGGGGGAGAAAGGACAGGGAGCUUCAAAAAGUUUAGCAGGUUUAACGCGCUCAACAACUGCAGUGGGUCAAGUAAGUUCAGGAGRUUCUGCACGUCCAGUAGUUGCAGCAGCAGCAAGUGGAGGAGCAGUAAGUGGGCCGGUAGUCCCUGUGAAGCCUGGAACACCUUUGAGUCUCCAGACAGGAGGGAUCCCUGGGAACGGUGUUCUUACUCUCCCAUCAUAUACUUCAGAAAUUAAAAGUGAUCCAGCACCUGUUCCUCUUGGCAAUUCUCCUAGUAAUUUAAAAGGUGAACCUGAUAAGAUGGGCUCAAAUAUUAUUCGUAACAUCAUAAUGGGCACUGCAAUACUUGGAACGAUAUUCUUCCUUUUCUAUUACAACCUGUCUUCAAGAUUAAAGUCAAGUUUUCCCAAAAGAAAACGAAAAAAAAAAAUAUUCGAGCAUAAUUAUUACGAAGAGUAUGAAAAAGAGCUAGCGAAGUAUGAUUCGGGAAAUUUGUCUUUAGAUUCUGAAGACGAUAGAUACUAUUUGAAUUAUCGACCUGAACAAAACUAUGAUUACUAA